AUGGCGGAUUCAGGAGGAGCCUCUCCGUCAAAUGCGGUAGUAAUUAGAGAGGGUAGUUCGUUCUCCCAGUUUCAGUGUCCUAUUUUAAAGUCUACAAAUUAUACGGUAUGGGCAAUCCGUAUAAAAACCAUUUUGAGGGCAAACGGUUUAUGGGAAAUGAUAGAACCAAAAGAAAAUACGCAAGCGGAUGAAAAGAAGGAGAUGAUGGCGACCGCUUAUUUAUUUCAAGCACUACCGGAAGAUAUGAUAAUACAAGUUGCAAGUUGCAAGAGUGCAAAAGAAAUUUGGGAUGCAUUAAAGACUAGACACGUCGGUGCAGAUCGAGUGCAAAAGGCACGUCUUCAAACGCUCAAAACAGAGUUUGAGAUGUUAAAGAUGAAGGAAGAAGACACUAUCGAUUCGUUCACUGCAAGACUAAAUAGCAUUGUCACGAGGGCAAGUGGUCUUGGAUCAACUUUUGAUCAACCAACUUUAGUACGGAAACUUCUAAGUUCUGUACCGAAAAGGUUCGUUCAAAUUGUUGCAACCAUUGAACAAUUCGCUGAUUUAGAAACAACGACGCUAGACGAGACAAUUGGAAGGUUGAAAGCCUAUGAAGAAAGGACCGGUUUGGUGGAUGAAAACUCGGUUUAUAAUCAAGAGAAACUUAUGUAUACGCGACGCGACAAGAACUAUGGUCGUGGAAGACGUUUUGGGAAGAAUGGACAAGGAAGGUUCAACUCAUCGCAAGACAAAUGGCGUGAUGGAAAGUUCAAACAAGAAGAUGAUGAUGAAGACUCAUCACAUGAUGCUUACAAGAGUAGAAGCAACCAAAGGAAGUUUGGGAAGGAUUUAAGCAAGAUAAAAUGCUACAAUUGCCAAAAGUUUGGUCAUUAUGCCUCAGAUUGUCCUGAAUCAAAUCAAAGAGAAGAAGAAACAAAUCUGGUGCAGGAAGACGAGGAACCAACUCUCCUAAUGGCAAUCAAAGAAGACUGCAACGAUCUACUUCAACAAGCGCAUGAUGGCAAGCAAUACAUGGAGAAAGAUCAAGGUGCAACUUAA